AUGGGACACAGACGCAAGCGGCAACGUGAAGAAGAGGAGAGUGUCGUGGUGACGGCUACUCAUGCACCAAACGAACCCGCCGCCGUGGUGCCGGCCCCUGCGCAGCAGCAGCAGCAGGAGUCGUUGUUGACUUUUUCGAAGUCAUGCCGUCGUCGUACUGCACCGGUGACGUCAUCCUUUUUGUUUGCACCUACAAUGUUUCUUCCGCAAUGGCAACGUGUGGCACUUUCAACCUUGCGCCAACUGCAUGAGAGUCAAGCGGAGGAGCACCGUGCUGCCACUCGCGGACGAACCCUGCAGAAGGAUCUCACACGGUAUCAUGAGGACCUUCAUCGGCGCGAGGAACGUCUUCGUGCUCAGCAGCGCGAAGCGAGAGCACGACUUGGCAACAAAUUAUUUAUGGCCAUUGAGAAGCAGUGGUCGCGACGUGGCGAUGUGUUCCAGCAGCUUCUAUGUGUAGAAUUUGAUGAUGUAAAGCAGCGGCACACAGAGCGUAGACAAGAAGACCUCCUUCGUGAGGCAGAGAACCUCACACGUAGUCUACUUGAUGGUAUCUUUUCUGGAACGAAAAAUCACGGUUCCCACAGCGACGGUGAUGAUAGCAGGGGCAUUGAUGCUGAUGAAGCGGUGGCGGAUGCGCUGCGGAAUGCUGAAAUGACUGGUGGCGCGAGUGGGCCGGUGCUGGAGAGCUCCCUCUCCUUACUGGACACGCAGAAUGGGCGACGGCCACUGCGCGACUACCAACGCUCUGCCCUGCGCUGGAUGACAAACCUCUACACCAAAAAAUUGAAUGGCAUCUUGGCUGAUGAGAUGGGGCUUGGAAAAACGAUUCAAACCAUUGCCCUGCUUGCCUAUUUUGCUGAGUAUAAAAACGAUUGGGGGCCACAUCUUAUUGUUGUCCCCACGACUGUCGUACUCAACUGGAAGGCGGAGUUUCAGCGUUGGUGUCCGGGAAUGAAGGUUCUUGUCUACAUUGGAACUCCAAAGGAGCGGCAUCGACUGCGCAAGGGGUGGAUGGGGGAGGAUGCUUUACAUGUUUGCAUCACAUCGUAUAAUCUUCUGGUGAAGGAUCGGUGUGUGUUUCGUCGACGGCCAUGGGGAUUUCUUGUACUGGAUGAGGCACAUCAAGUUAAGAAUUUUAUGAGUAAAAAAUGGCAAUCUCUCUUUGAUCUUCAAGCGGAAUAUCGGCUUUUAUUAACAGGGACACCGCUGCAGAACUCUAUCAUGGAAUUGUGGUCACUUUUUCAUUUUUUAUUGCCAUUUGCAUCGGCUUUUAGCUCCAAUGAGGAGUUUCGGGAAUGGUUUAGUAAUCCAAUGGAGGACAUGGUGACAGGGCGCACAUUUUUCAAUGAGGAGAUCGUACGCCGUUUACAGUCGUUGCUGCGACCAUUUAUGCUACGUCGAUUAAAGAAGGAUGUGGAGGCACAACUUCCAUCCAAGACGGAGAAGGUUGUCAUGUGCCGUCUUUCACGGCGUCAGCGACUUUUGUAUGAUGAUUACAUGCAACUUACGGAAACACGUGAACGUAUUCGAGGCGGGGCUGGCGGAGUGCUGGGAGUGUUGCUGGCGCUCCGCAAGGUGUGUAACCACCCUGACAUGUUUGAGGAGCGUCGGACUCUUUCUCCUGUGGCACUGGAUUGCCUCAGUGAGAUUACUUUAUUGGUACCACGCGAUAUCCUAUUGCAAGGCAAUGACUUUCGUGGUUGCUACCGAUUCCAGAAGUGGCGUCUCUGUAUCGAGGAUGUAUCCAUGUCGGUGAACUAUGACAAAGAGAUGGUGUUUGACGACACGUGGUUAGAUUGUCCGGGGCUGCGACUGCUGUGGAAUGAUCAAGCAUUUGAAUGCCCCUUGUCGCGGUACUCUCCAGAGAAUUUUCGUUGGCCAGAAGAUGUGCCGGCUGAGCAGGUUUUUGGUGCCGAUAUCAAAGAAUCCAUGAGUGACACCAUGUGGUCCAUGCUGUGCCAACAGGUUGGAGAGCGACAAGCAUGGGUCCGUCAACGUUAUCAGACGACAGCCACUCUUCAAGCACAGCGAUGCCGAGGCAUAGAAACCUCUAUGCAUGUGUGGUACCCUCGUUCUCUUGAGAUUGUAUCACACGGAAGGCCCGGUUUUCUUCCAUCACGGUUGCACCCGAAUGUUUCUCAGCGUGUUUGCGCCAUUUUGCCUAUUGCAGAAAAGACCGCGGUUUAUGUCCCGCGUGUUGCUGCCGUGCAUCCACCCCGUUUGCAUUGCCGUCUUCCUGUGGUACAUUACCGGGCAUUUUGCUCGCAUACUCGAGAAAGUCUGGCGCCGCUUCUUGCACUGGGUGUAUCGCCAAGCAACGGUCACGCAAGACGUGGUGUCUUUGAUGCCUCUUCAUUUCUUUCUGAAUUGUGGUCACUCCAUGUGCGUCGUUGCUUUAGUUUUCCAGACAAACGUCUGCUGAUCCAUGAUUGCGGUAAGCUGCAAUUCCUGCAGCAUGCACUUAAACAAUUGCGUCGCGAGGGUCACCGAAUGCUUAUAUUCACACAGUUUGUACACAUGUUGAAUAUUUUGGAGCGUUUUUUAGCCAUUAUUGGCAUUCCGUACCUCCGAAUUGACGGCAGCACUCAAGCAGAGAGACGACAGGCUUUUGUGGAUCGCUUCAAUGAAGAUGAUCGCAUCACAUGCAUGAUUCUCUCCACACGCUCCGGUGGGAUAGGUCUGAAUCUCACAGGUGCCGAUACUGUUAUAUUUUACGACAGCGAUUGGAACCCAACGAUGGAUCUUCAGGCGCAGGAUCGGUGUCAUCGCAUCGGCCAAACGAAGCCGGUGACGAUCUACCGCCUCAUCAGCGAACACACGGUGGAGGAAAAUAUCUUGCAGAAGGCACGGGAGCGGAAAAAGCUUAACAAUGUGGUUAUUCGCGGUGGACAGUUUCAUGCCAUGGCAAGUGUGGAUGAAAUGUAUGAGGAUAGUGCAGCGGCACUGGCGGCACUUUCCGACCCGGUUCGCCUUCGAAGCUUUUUCCAUGACUUGGAUGAGGAUGCCACCAUCGUGGCGGACGAACAGCAGCGGGGUGAGGCGCAUGCGAGCAAGACGGACAUGGGUGAGCCGGUGGAUAUUCGGGAAGAGAUGAUGAGGCUUGAGGACCAGGAGGAUCGUGAGGCACAACAGAACGUAGAGGAGGAAUUACGGGAGCUGGAAGAACAGAGAAGGAACGAUGAGGCUGAGUUGGGCGAUGAAGAGGAAGAAGACGAUGAAUAUGAAGAUGACGAUGUGGAAGAGGAAGGAGGAGGAAGAAGUAGAAGAAGAAAAAGAAAAAGAGAAUUGACGGGGGCGGAAUUAGAAGAGGGGUUGAUGGAUGUUUCUGCGGAUGACAACGCCUUGGAUGCCACAAAUGCCGACAUGUCACGUGGGGUGUUACCGAUGGUGAUUCAAAGGCGGCGUGACAUUUUGCGGCGUCAGCGGACCCCAUUGGACCGACUUCUCUCCGUGCGGUUCGGUACUUGCCAUGCGGCGGAUGCCAGAAAGCGCUAUGAUGCCUUGUGUGAGAACUACGCGACCCGCGUGGGGGAGAGUGAACUACCGGCAUUCAAAACAAAAUUUCGUCUGUAA